GUAAGAGACAAGCAGGACCAGUUCAGAUUGGUGUCUUUCUUCUAGGGAUCCAUUAGCCUCAACGGCAUAUAUCACACCAUGUUUGCAUUUUUGGUAUUGCUGUGUCAACUGCACGUGAUGAUUGCAUUUCCUCACUGCACAGAGAAAUUACCUAACUUGAAGAAACCUGAACAGAAAGACGUGUUCACAUCAGAAAAGGAGGCCAAUUCAUUCAUCGGACGACAUCUUCUGAGUAACAGAUUUGAUUUUGAAGCAUUCACAUCAGAUAACCUGGAGAGAGAAUGCUUUGAAGAGCUGUGCAAUUAUGAAGAAGCAAGAGAAGUAUUUGAAGAUGCUGAUAAAACGAUGGAAUUUUGGAAAGACUAUUCAACUAAAGGCCCUAAAAUAAAAAUAGGUGAUGAGACGCUACAGAAGAUUAAUGUUACAGGACUCCUCAUCAGCCUAGUUGCUGCUGGAGUACUGUUAGUUAUCACUGGACUGCUCGUCUUCUACUGCUGCAAAAGUAAAUGCAAAUCCAGGCAACCACCAGGGUACUUGGAUUAUGUAAGAAGUAGAAGACGUAAUUCACCCAGCAUCUUCAGAAGGCAUGAAGAAUUUUCUUUAAAUCCACUUCCUCCCAGAACUGAUGAUUCAGGACUACCAACUUAUGAGCAAGCAGUUACUUUAGAUGGACAACAUGAUGUGCCACCACCCCCUUAUCCAGGGGUCCCAAAAGGGGCACGGGUGUUUAAGAAGUCUAUGUCACUUCCUCUUCCUUAGUCACAAACCUCCUUCUGGAUCGAGGGGAGAUUUCUGUAACAUACUUUUUUUAAAAGUGUGCUACCUUGCAUAUUGCAAGACUGUUUACAAAAAUGGGAAAGAUCUUCAGCACAACUAGGAACAAGUGAAAAUCCCAUUUGGGAAGAGGUGAUUUGUUGCACAAGAUUCUUCGCACAAGAGUAUGAGCUUGUACUGCCACCCUCUUCCAUAUGCACUUUGAGCCAUCCCAUCAUACUAUUGAUGUUUCAUUAAUAGUUUAAUCUUUUCUUUCUUUAGAAGGAACAGUAUUUAGUUGGUUUUAUUGACACUGACCAUUUUUUGUCGCUAUUAAUACUUUAAACCACCAUAAGAAGUCUGCUUUGUUGUUUGAUACAUUCCCUUCAUUGCUAUGUACAUUUUCUAUUUAUUCCUAUAAUAGAUUUGAGAAUGAAAAUUAUUUUAUUAUUUGAUCUUUCAAAUGUAUAUAUAUUACUGCUUCUGGAUUACACAGGUUUGUUUUAGACCUUGCUGGUUAACCCACUACUAAAUUUGUUGCAUUUUUACAAUUACAAUUCUGGAUUAAAAGGAACCAUUCAUUGCAUGGCA